AUGUCGGACGAAAUAGAAGAAUUGACGAAACGGUACAAGGAAAAUGUUGAGGGACACGCGAGAAGCGUUGGUUUGUUUCCAAUCCCAGAAUAUCCGGAAUUCGAGUGUCAGCGAGGCAUGUUGUCUACCGCAGUUGACGUCAUACUGACGACUCUACGCUACCUCGCUCCUGCUACCGUCCUAACACUGUUUUGGGGACAGCAGAGCUUUCUGUUCAAGUUCCUGAAAUAUAUCGACUGUGCUUUUAGAGCUUUGGUAUUUUCGAGCGAGGAGCAGAAGCAAGAUAUAUUAGAAUGGUUAAUAGAUGCAGGACCAGUGAGAGUGGACGAUCUGGACGUAGUGUGGCGUCAUGGCUGGAUUUUAUGUGGAAUACUAGACUCAGCUCUGCCUGGCGCCUGUGGGGGGCAUCCCCCAACGAGACUCUCAUUGACACAUGCACAGGCGAUCGCUGACAAUUACCUCGGUGUAGAACCGGUAUUUGCGCGACAUGAGCUAGAAUUGAAUGACUCCUUAAGUAGACUUCAAGAAUGGAGGCUGAUAAAUUAUUUAAAUAGCAUUCGAAUAGCUUUAUCAAAAUUGACACCGUCGAGAGCAACGCAAAAGGACUCGUCAGAAACAACACAGUUCACUCUCAACUACAUUGCAAGAGGUUCUGGAUUGGUAGCAGCACAAGUGAAUAAUAAAGUUUAUUUUAAAAUUUACCCAACAGCCCAACAAUCUUUAGACCCAGGUGAUAUAAAUAUUCUAAUACAUGGGCCAAAAGACACAUAUGGAAUGACUGUCUUACCACCAGUCCUAGGCAAAGCUCAACUAAUAAGACAGAACUUAUUAGGAAUACAAUCCAGGUCUUCAUAUACUGAAAAUGUACUGCCUUUUACCCAAGGCGCGACAUAUCUCAGAAGCUACGGAAAGAAUGAUAUGAACAAGACAUACCAUAUACCUAAAACGAAAUACGACAUCGAUAUCGAUACCGAAAUAAUGCCAGAUCACGCCAAAAUUGGUUAUGUGGCCACUUUAGAAGGCAAAUACGAAAUAUCAAUUACUAGCAAAGGUCAAAAUGUCGUUGGUUCACCAUUUAAAGUAACCGCAUCUAAAAAUAUUUUAGGAAUAUUAGAGCGGGAUAGUUUUUGUUUAGAAGAUGGUGAAGAAAUCGAUAUUGUUGAUAUCAAAACAGAUAAGAAAGUCGUUAUAAGAAUUGUAGAUUUUGUUACAGAGAAGAUGCUAUUAAAAGAAAAUGGUUGCUUAGAAAAAAUUACUGAAGAUGAAGCGAAAUAUUUAAUGGAAAAUGACAAUAUAAAAAAUAAAAGUACAGCAUAUUAUGACAGUGAUAAAAAGCAAGAAAAUAGCAGUAGCCUAAAACAUAAAAGUGACUCGAGAAAGUUUUAUAAAACAGCGCAUAAUGUUGUAACAAUGAACAGUAUUUGUAAGUUUUUGUUGAAUUUACAAAGUAGGAAAUUGUCAAACAAAAAUAUGCAAGCCAUAAAGAAACAGCAUAUACCAGAUAUUGUAAAUUCAACCUUUUAUGAAGAAAACGAAAUGAAUAAAGGAUAUACAUCGUCAGAAAGACGAGACAAAAUUAUAAUUCCUGAAAAUAUUUCUGUUUCCAUAUUAUUAGAAAAACCACAAACUAAGAGUAAUGAAAUAAAUACACAGACAGUGGCAGCAUCCAACAUUCAAAACAAUAAAACAAAUAAAACUUACAUAGAUGAUAACUAUAAUACAAUUGUAGGUGAUCCGUUUGAAGACGAUAAUAUGUCGAUAGAUACUGUUCAAUCCUUAACCAAUCCAUUUCUUUGUGACAUUAACGAUCAAACUUAUGCUAUUGCAAAACAAUUUGGUUCGUUCAUACCUAAUGAAUAUGAAUCUAAUAAUUCCCAAAACGAAGAGACUAAAAACGCCAAUGUCAAAUUGUUUACAGAAACUCAAUAUAAAAAUAUUAACGAAACUACAAACCCAUUUCUUGGUGUCGUUGACAUUGAGAGACCAAAAACACCUGUAUAUAAAAUAAUCACAGGAGCAGUAACUGGCCGUGAUGAUUCUGUUUACAUUAACCCAGAAAGAGAUUUGUUAACUGAAAGAACAUCUUUGAAUGAUUUUAUGAAUCCUUUUAUCGAUCAGCAUCAAGAUGAAUCUAACAUGUACAAUGAUAAGCCUGACUUUAUUAUAGGCGCACCUGUUUCUUUGCCUCCUGUAAUAAAUAUCCCGUCAUCAACUCCAUCUUCAACGACGAUGGUAAAAACGGGGAGUAUAAAAAAUACAAUUAAAGAUACCGAAUAUUAUGAACCUACAAUAUCUAGCAAAGAAAGAAAAGUAAGUAACGGCUCCAAUAACUCCAAUUUUUAUAGUAGUUUUGACUCUAACUUAACCGAGGAUGUAAAUAUAACUACAAGCAGUAGCCCAACACCCUCUAAUACAGACCAUUUACAUCCAAAUAGGGAAAUAUCUCCUAGAAAGGAUACCUGGGAUUCAGCAUAUGUAAGCAUUGACGACAAUAAUUGUUCGUCUGAUAGCAAUGUUAGCGAGUUGAGUAGUGAAAACGUAAAUAAACGAAAAUCACAAUUUUCAAGCGCAUUUUCAAAAAUGGGCCCUGCCGAGAAAGAACUCUGGCAAAAUGAUCAUGAUUUAAGAAAAAAUCAAAAUCUUGACGAUGAUCUUAAAGUGCACAAGCACGACGUUAAACGACAUGAAUUUACACCGAUUGUUGAGGAAAAUGAAAAAAGUAUGAAAGAUGCAUCUGGCAUGAAGCAAAAAAUAAGUGAUGAGCUGACGGAUUCAGUAACAGAAGCAUUUGCCGAGCUUGACGAUAUCUAUGACGAAUUUGUAACAAGAUCUGAAGUUAGUUCCAUAACAACGACCCGAGAAAACGAAUCAAAGAAUUUAGGAAUUGAUUACACAGUGGAAAGUAACAAAACCCAUGUCGAUUCUGCAUCUGAAUAUAAAGCAGAUGUGAAAAGACAAACGAAAAUAUUAGAAGGAAAGAUUUCUGAGAUUCAGGCGAAAGUUACUGAAUCCGUUUCAGCAAGUCGAAGCCUUCAUGCCCAGAUAAAUGCAUACAACAAGGAGCAAAAUAACAACGACAAAAAAAUUGAAAGACAUUUCGGUGAUCAAUCAUAUAAAAACAUAGUAUCAGAAAAGAAAAAAUAUUGGGAUGAAAAGAUCAAACAAAUUGAAGCAAAAUCGGAGGAAAUGAAAACACUACAAUAUAAAAGACGUAUGACGUUAAAACAUUUACGUCGUAAUGAUUCCUUAAGUAAAAGAAGAGGGAAGAAAAUUGUCCAAAAUUUCUUAAACACAAGUCAAGAUGAUUGUGAUAAAUUAACAAAACCGAAUUUUUCACGUUCGGAUACCUAUGAAUCACUUAAUGACAUUGAAGUUAUCGAAAGCAAAGUUAUUGACAGAAAUGAACAAGAUGCAAUACUGCAAAGCGAGGCAACAUCUUGUUUUGGAAAAACUACAUCAAGGAGUAAAGAGCACUCUUUAAUUGAUACUUUCAAGCAACUAAAAGAUUACCGGAUAAUGAAAAUGAUAAGAAAAAGAACAUCGAAGACGUUAGUCAUGAAAGUGGUC